GGCGGCGGCGCCGGCGGCUCCUCAGUGUCCGGCUCGGGCUCCGGCUGCGGCUCCGGCCCGCGAUGCCCCACUCCGUGACCCUGCGCGGGCCUUCGCCCUGGGGCUUCCGCCUGGUGGGCGGCCGAGACUUCAGCGCGCCCCUCACCAUCUCGCGGGUCCAUGCUGGCAGCAAAGCCGCACUGGCUGCUCUGUGUCCUGGAGACCUGAUCCAGGCCAUCAAUGGUGAGAGCACAGAGCUCAUGACACACCUGGAGGCGCAGAACCGCAUCAAGGGCUGCCAUGACCACCUCACACUCUCGGUGUGCAGGCCUGAGGGUAGGAGCUGGCCCGGUGCCCCUGAGGACAGCAAGGCCCAGGCACAGAGGAUCUACAUCGAUCCUGAGGCCCAGGAUGGCAGUCCAGCAACCAGCAGGUGGUCCUCAGCCUCAGGGAUUGGGCCAGGAGAUGGCAGGCCAGGCCUGGGGUCUCCGUAUGGGCAGUCACCCCGCCUCCCAGUCCCUCACAAUGGCAGCAGCAGUGAGGCCACCUUGCCGGCCCAGAUGAGCAUCCUGCACGUGUCUCCACCCCACAGUGCUGACUCACCCAGAGGCCUCCCAAGGAUUCGUGACAGUGGAGUAGACUUGGGCUCCGAUGUGUACAGGAUGCUUCGGGAGCCUGCUGAGCCCACAGCCAUGGAGCCCAAGCAGUCGGGCUCCUUCCGCUACCUGCAGGGCAUGCUAGAGGCGGGCGAGGGCGGGGAGCGUCCAGGGCCUGGUGGACCCUGGAACCUGAAGCCUACUGCUGGCAAGCUGGGCACACCACUGAGUGGCCUGCAGGGGCUGCCCGAGUGCACACGCUGCGGCCAUGGCAUCGUGGGCACCAUCGUCAAGGCACGGGAUAAGCUCUACCACCCUGAGUGCUUCAUGUGCAGCGACUGCGGCCUGAACCUCAAGCAGCGCGGCUACUUUUUUCUGGACGAACGACUCUACUGCGAGGGCCAUGCCAAGGCGCGCGUCAAACCCCCCGAGGGCUAUGACGUGGUGGCCGUGUACCCCAACGCCAAGGUGGAACUCGUCUGAGCUGUUUCCAGGACCUCCUGUCCCCACCCCUGCUUUUUUAAAUACCCCUGCCCAGCCAAUGUAAAUAUGUGCAUUUGCCCCCUGCCUCUCUAAUAAACUCCCUCUGCUCUGCC